UUUAAAUUUUAGAUAGUUCUAUAUAGUUCUUAAAAAAAUUGUGUACAUGACAUCUGUUCAGUAAAUGUUGAAAAGAAAAAUAGGUGCUAAGCAUCUUACGAAAAUGAUAUAAUUAUCAAUAACAAUAAAAUUAUACAAAACUAUUGGGCUGGUUUUUAGCUGUGUGGUGAAUUAUUUUUAAAAAUUUAUUUCAUAGUAAUGACAAUAGAAAUUCAACGAUUUGAAAAAAUAAAAUUAAAAACAAAAUACUUAAACGAGAAUUUAAUAGAAUUAAUUACAAAUUUAUUCAGUAGACUAUGUGACUAACAAAGUAAAUGGCAUGGAUUAUUUUUGAUUUGAUCGAUGCAGCUAGUUUUUGUGCUAAAAACACAAGUUAUUGUCGUUUCUCCGUUUUUAAAAACUGCGGCGACAAUAGAAUAUUUUUUUUUCGAUUCCGCCGAAAAAGUAACAGCAACACGAAACCAUCAAUAUUUAUCUAGCAACGAGAUAAAACAGGAUUUUAUAUAUUUCAUCAAUACAAAAUCAGUAUUUCAAUUGAAUGUCCUGUAGUGUAUCAGAAUUGCCUUCGGGUUGCAGACUCCGUGGAAUGAGCUCUGCAAUACAGACUACUUCUAUUAACAAGGCACUAAGUGGUCCGCAGUUGGAAACACAAUCUUCACAACGAUCAAAUAAUGCGGCUGCUACACACCAAAAUACUAAACCGUGUUGGGUCUGCUGGUGUUGUUGCUGCUCUUGUUCAUGGGCUAAGUGCUUAGCGAUUAAAACUGCAGAGGACAAUGGACCUACAAAAAAAGACCCUACUACAUCCGAAUUGUUAUGUGAUGGGGAACAGCCAACUGUGGAAGAAAUUCAGAGUUGGGGUUCAAGUUUCGAUAAACUUAUGAGAAGCAAUGGAGGACGCAAGGUUUUUCGCGAUUUCCUACGAUGUGAAUUUAGUGAAGAAAACAUAUUAUUUUGGAUGGCUUGUGAAGAGUUAAAAAAUGAGACAAAUCCAGACGCAAUAGAAGAAAAGGCCAGAUUUAUUUACGAGGAUUAUAUAUCGAUUCUAUCCCCGAAAGAAGUUUCAUUGGAUUCUCGAGUUCGAGAAAUAGUUAAUAGAAAUAUGGUAGAGCCGACUCCACAUACAUUUGAUGAAGCUCAACUACAAAUUUAUACUUUAAUGCAUAGAGACUCUUAUCCGAGAUUUAUAAACUCGUCUUUAUUUAAAACACUUGCACAAAUACCAGAUGGUGUAUCCGCAUCUGGGUCCAAAGCAGAAAGUCCAAAUAACUAAAAAAGUACUAGACAUUAAAAAACCUAGACCUUAAACAAUUUAACUGAUUUAAUGAAUAGUGUAUAAACAUACAUUUCAAAAAAACAUAUUAAUAUAUAAAUUACAUAAAUAUACCAUAUUACUAUAUAACAAUAUGUAACACCUAAUU